AUGCAGGCUCCCGCCCUCCGCGGCGGUCUCCGGCCAAACUACAGCUCAAACUCGCUGGCCGCGGCGGAGCAGCUCGAGGCGCUCGUGCGCCACGCGUCGGCCGGCGGCGCCGACGUGAGCCACGACGUCCUCUUUGACGCCGCGCUGGGUGAGCAUGGCGCUGAUCACCUGGCGUGCGUGGGGCCUCCGGCCUCGAGCAUGGGCCCGGCGAUGGCGCCGCCGCUGCAGUACGCGCACGCCCCGGGUCGCAAUCCCUUCGCCGCGCUGGACCCGAGCUUUGCGGGGCUGCCGGCGGGGAUGGGGCAGGGCAUGGCUCCGGCGCUCGACUCGCUGGGGCUGCCUGGGGGGGGGGCGGGACUGGGCGGCGUGCAGUCGUCGAUGAACGCGCCGGUGCGCGACGCGGUGGCGAUGAAUGCGGUGCUGCGACAGGCCGACGGCGCAGGCGGCAUCCUCGGUGCGAUGCAGCCUGGCGGUUGCAUGGGCGGCGGCGCGAUGAAUCUGCUCAGCCCAUAUGCGGGGCCGCCGGCGGGGUACGUGGGGCACGGCGAUGACUCGUCGGACAGCGCCGCGCCGCGCAUUGUCGACGCGUUUGACGUGACGGCGGCGCCGUCUGGGCCGAACGGGGCCGCAGACCCGUCUGUGGUAGGGGUGGUGCGGACAGCAACGAGCGGCCCGCUCGCGCUGCAGCAGAACUUGGAGGUUCAAGAGGGCACGCUUCGCGCGCAGAUGGAGCUGCAGAGGCAAUUGUCGCAGCAGCUGCAGGCGCAGCAGCGGCUGCAGUCAGAGAUGGAGGCGAUGAUGCAAGGGCGUUCGGGCGACGAGGACGACGACGCGGCCUCCGUCAAGAUGGCGGCGCUGCUGCGGAUGAAGCAAAAGCUGCAGAGCGAGCAGGGCCACCUCCGCAUGCAACAUGACCUCCUCACCCAGCUCAACCAGCUCGUGCUCCCUCUCGGCAAGUCGGCCGAGUCGUCGUCGGAUGACGGCAACGCGGCGGACGCGGAGAGCAGUGCGGGGGCAAAGGAGUGGGCAGGCGUCGACGCGGACUCGGAGGCGGAGACUCCGAGAGCCGCCGCUGCGGCUGCCGUCGCCGCCGCCGCUUACGCCGUUUGCGCCGCGGCCGCCCCUUCGACAUCUUUGCCGGUGGCUCUACCCGCGUCGGUCAAGAUGGAGUGACGGAGGGCAGCUCUAGGGGGCUGCUCCUGGGCAGCAUGCGCGCGAGAGGGCUCGUGGGAGCAGGGCUGGGGGGGGUUGCAUGCAUGCCGAUUUGCGGCCCGGUAGUCGGGCAAGGGGUCAGUGUCUAGUGAGCACAAACGUGUGCAUGAGCAGCUCCUGCGUGCAUGCGCUCACGCAGCGUGGCCUUUACACACGCGCAAAAGUUAGUUAGUACCCAACAUGCCGCGCCUCCUCUUGGUUGUUGUGAUAAGUGUCGUGAUGGCCAUAUAAUGU